UUAAUUAAUUGGUUGGUUUAGUUAGUUGGUGAUCGUUUUUUUAAAUGUCUUUAAAUCAAUGUAGGCUGUGUUUAGAUACUGGAGCGGUUACUAAUGUAUUCGAAAAACAAGGUGAAGUUAUGAUAUCAAGCAAAAUAAUGUCUUUAACUAGAAUAAAGAUCUAUCCAGAUGACGGUUUUCCGGACAAAGUUUGCUUUAAAUGUUUAUUACAACUGCAUAGUUGUUUACUUUUUAUACAACAGUGCGAAAGAGUUGAUUUUAAACUUAGAGAAGUAAAAUUCAAUGAACACUACUACACAAAAACAGAUAAAAAAUGUAAUACUUUACAAGUAGAAGAUAAAGAAAACUUAGAAGAAGCAAUAAGUCAAAAAGUUUUAGAAGAUGUAUGCAUUGAGAACUCUCCAAUUGAAAGUGAAGAAAACAUACAAACAAAAGAUGAACUGUUGCAAUCGGACAUAAAAGAUGGAAAAACAAAAAGAAAAGUCCAAAAAGAGCAAUGUUUUACUUGUGGAAAAGUUUUGUCCUCAAAAUAUAGAUUAAAAAUGCAUAUCCGCAUACAUACAGGUGAAAAGCCAUACUCAUGCCCCGAUUGUGGUAAGAGCUUUUCGCAGCCAGAAAACCUGAAAGUUCAUUUGCGCAUACACACAGGAGAGAAACCUCUAGAGUGCACCAUAUGUGGACUUCAGUUUGCUCAUUCCUCAGGCCUGCUGGCCCACAAACGGAAACACACAGGCCAACUGCCAUAUGGAUGCUCUCUCUGCCCCCGCAGGUUUCGGACGUUAGGGCAUCUGCAGUACCAUAUACGUCGUCACACUGGUGAGACAAGCCACGAGUGCGACGUGUGUACCCGCGCCUUCAUUACCCGCAGCGAGCUCAAACAGCACAUCCUCUCCCACACUAAAGAGAAGCCCCACGUAUGCUCCACUUGCGGUGCCUAUUUCGGGCGCGCGGCCAACCUCAGGAGGCACGUGAAACACCAGCAUAAAGGAGAAAAACCAUAUACGUGCAAUAAAUGUAUGCACAAGUUUGCCCAAAAGUCAGAUUUCGAACGCCAUAGGAAGACACAUGAGAAGCAAAAGACCUGAUAAAUGAAUUCUUAAAGGCGUGUUACACCGUCCUAUUCUUCAUGUUGUUGUUGUUUCUUCUUUUGUGGGUUGAUUCUUCCUUCUUCAUGUGGGGGUGUUCCAUAAACAAACAUGCACUUCAGUGUCGCACCCGCUGCUGGAAACUAUUUAUCCUGCUGAUUCUCGCACCAGAGCAGUUGUGUCGCCGAAAUUAUUUUUAGUU